AUGGAUGGGGAUGGUCCUUGCCCAACUUGGACAGUGGGAAGGUAUGUGUUCUAUAUGGCAGCCUUCCAGGCAGGUCUCCAUGCCUUUUGGCCAAUCUGUCCCACUGAUGAUAAAGGCGUGUGCCAGCCGUUUCCUUCCCUUUCCAGGAAGCCAGGCGGCUGCUUUUGGCCCUUGGCCCGCUGAGUCCAAACAAUGGCUUUUUCUCUCCAGCCGGAUGGGCCUCCCUGGUCAUUUCCUUCCCCUCCAAGGGGGAAGUGUGGCUCCUCAUCACCUUGGUGCAUGGCUUCCCAAUCCAGCCAUGUCAGAAUGACAUUCAAGGGGAAAUCCUCCCAUUCCACCUAUUCUAGGGGUUGCAAUUCAACUCAGCAGGAACAGGAGGUGGCACAUGGAUGUUGCAAUCCUCACUCAUAAAAAAAAAGAUCUGGGGCUUCAGCCCUGCUAGGCUUGACUACACCACCAAGAGUUGAACUGAUGGUCUGGCUGCUUUGGACUGUAGCUCCCAUCAGCCAGUGGUGCAGGCCGAUGGGCCUUGCAGUUGCAAGCCUUGGGUGCAUGCUCAUUGGCUCCUCUUAUUUGAAGAGCCAAUGCUGGAAGGAAUGCUUCAUCUUUUGGAUGUUUGUUUUGGCUUCUUUGCAGGAAGCACAAAAGAGGAGGGGAAAUGAUAAGACAAUGGGAGUUUGCUUUGGUGCAUUUCCACUUGUAAAUUCCCAUUUUUCCUUGGCUUCUAGCCCAAGGGAGAGUCUUUCCCCUUUCCCACCCUCAGUGCUUUGCCUUAGGAAGGGCUAAGUCAGGGAUGGGACUCCAAUGCCCAGCAGCCCCAGCCAAUGGAGGAGGAAAGGAAUGGAUUACUUUCCUUAUUAUGCACUCCCAGGUCAACCAAAAAAGGGAUUCAACUAGCAAGAAGUUGACGCAAUUUUGUCUUGAUAUUCAAGAGACAGAGCCUUCUCAGUGCCAGUCUGACAAUGGUUCCCAAGCUUUGGUCUUCCGGAUGUUUUGGACGUCAACUACCAGAAUUCCUCACUGUUGGUCAAACAGACUGGGGCUUCUUGGAGUUGAAAUCCAAAGCACCUGGAGGACCAAAGUUUGGGAAUCAUUGAUGGAUCUCCGUGGGUCUGUCAGAUAUAAUAAGGGCAGCUGCCUUUUAUCCCUAUGUUGAGGAUCCCAGGUUCAACUAGGGAAAAUUGGGAAGGAAUCACACCUGAAACCCAGGAGAGGGGAUGCUGCUGCCAGUCAGAGUGGACAAUGCCAGGCUAAUAGUUCGGCCCAGUAUGUAAGGAGCUUCCUUUGCCUCUGUUUCUUGAUGGGAUCCCAGCUUGGACUGGGAAGCCUGAAGCCCAAGAGAGGCACAGCUGCCAGUCAGAGUGGACAGUAUUGAUCUAGAUGGAGGCCUCCCUCCUCCAUGUCAACACUGGAGGGGAAUAUCUACUCCUUGCCUGUUCUCCCUUGGGACCAGGCUGGUCAAGAGGGAGGAUGGAGACAAACAACUCUGUUUCUGGACCUCCUGUUUUGCUUGGCUGCCCAGAUGACUGUCACGAGGCACCCGAUAAGGUGUGCGCUGUCCCUGUCAGCCAUUCUGGAAAGAGGCAGCUGAAGAAAAUGGCCCAACCGGCCUCCCUUGACCGAAAUCUCCCAGACUUGGGGGGUCCCUUCUUGUACCGCAACCAGGAUCGGGACGGAGAGAAGGCCCCCUACUCUUUAGAGACUCCCUAUGGCUUCCUCUUGGACCUGGAUUUCCUCAAGUACGUGGACGACAUCGAGAGAGGCCAAACCCUCCGGAAGCUUCCGCUGCAGCGCAAGACCAAAGGAUCCAAGCAGGGACUGAGCUCAUCCCACGGCCGAACCGGUGGCUGGACCUCCACAGAGUCUCUCUCGUCGGUGACCAGCGAGGACGGAAAACCCGCCUUCUCUCCCCGGACCAAACUGUGGGCCAGUUCCUCUGAAAUCAGGGAGCCCACAAGCAAACAAGCCUCCCUCCCGCUGUCCCCCGCCCUUCAGCUACUUCCUCCUCCGUCACCCAAAUCACGGGUAGAGAAGACUUUGUUGGAGACAAGCAAAAGACUGGAAGAAGAGCAGCGAAGUGUCACAGCGAGAGGGACCCCGUCCGCCUUUGAGACCCCCUCUAGCCCUUCCAAAGUCAACGCAAGCUGGACUUAUGCUUCAGGGGAGAGUCACAUCGACCCCAGCGUCCCCAUAAAAAUGAGUCCCUCCAAUUCAGGCAGAAGCACGCCAGCUGCGGCUGUCAGUCCCGCGCACCUCCACCACGUCCGCGAGCAAAUGGCGGCCGCCCUCAAACAACUGAAGGAGUUGGAAGAGCAAGUGAAGGUCAUCCCUGUCUUGGAGCUACAGAUUUGCAAACUGAAGAAGGAGAAGGAAGAGCUGGUGUCCGGCACAUGGGGUAAACGGGAGUCCGAUGUGGGCGAAGGUGAGAUCUUCUGCUUCCCUCCAAGAUCGCCCAAAGGAGGCACCAUUGGCAUGGAUGGAGGAGGAUGCCAGGACAUCCAUGAGGAGCACGCUGAGGCAGAAAACAUGGAUGGGCCUCCAAAGCCAAGGACGAGCAAAAUUGCGGGGUUAAAGAAACUGACUGAGAAAUUGUCCGGUUCGGAGAGAGCCGGGAAAAUGGGAAGAGGAUCAACCCGUCCUUCAAAAGCCGAAGAGUCUUUGCACAAAUCUGUUGCCGUUGGAGAAGAGGUGGACAUGAACGAGGCCGUCUUCUAUUACCGGUGCCAAAGGUCACAGCGAGAGGUGGCUGUCGGCCGAGAGCUGGAGACCCAAGACGCAGAGGUGUGGGUGAUGGAGUCCUUGCUUGGGGUCUCGUCUGAGGCAGAGAAGGAGCUCCAAUUCCUUCAGCAGACUGUCCAGCACCAAAGGGAGGUCAUUGCCAUGCUGGAGGGACACUUGAAGGAAGCCACGGAUGAACUGGAAGAGCUGAGGAUAGAGGUUUGUGCCAGGAUGCCAAGGAACCAGCUCGACAAGGAGACCAUGGCGCGGCCGGAGACAGUGGAGGCAUGCGUGGAUGCCGUUCCGGUCAUGCAAUGCCAAGCUGUGGGCAGACACACGGAAAUGGUGGACAAAGGUGUCCACUGUUCCCCACAUGUUGCUUGUGUUGGCGUGGGCUGUGACUUGCAACAGGAAUGUCUCACAUCUCUCCGUUGCUGCGAUAAAGCAACGCAGAUGGAAACGGAGAGGGAAUAUGGAGCUUCUGGAGGUCACAUUUGUGGUCAAGAACCAGGUAUGGACACGGAUGCUCCAGAAGAUGGAAAACUCAGAAAGCCAUCCCAGUCUCUUGAGAGGGAAUCUGCCAAACAGACUCUGCAGAUGGAGAUUUCAGGACUGGAUCAGGAACUGUGUUUGAUCUCAGAGCCCUCAGGAAAGGAUGAAGAGACUGUGCUUGUCAUACAAAGAAAGACAGAAAAGAGUUCGGAACACAUUACAGGAGCGGGAGGCCUCAGAUCGAUCAUGAAGAAGCAGGACAGCCUGGCCAAGAUGGAAGCAGGAACUGGGCGGAAGACCCUGCAGUUUGUGGGAGUACUGAAUGGCGAGUAUGAAAGCACCUCAAGUGAGGAAGAGGAGGAGGAGGAAGAAGAAGAGGAGGAUGUGGAAACGAAGAAGCGGUCCCCUCUCAGCUCUGAGACAGACACGGAUGGCAGCACCGACUCCUCUGAUGGAGAUUUUGCCACCCGCACAGGUGGCCCCAGCAAUUGUGACCCAGGCAGCACCUAUCUGGAUCAGGGAAAGCUGGGCUGCGAUCCGGAGGAAGCAGCAGAAGGUGGAAAGAACCCCGUUGGAGUGGCCGACCCCACUGUGAAAGAGAAAUUUGAACUCAGUCCCCGGAUGAGAGAAGCCUGUCUCCUAUUGCGGAGCCAUCUUAGCCGUGGCGGAGCUGCCCCCAAGAGCAAAGAGAUGCUCUCUGCCACAGGCCUUGUACUUCAGGAGUGGUUCCGGGUCUCCAGCCAGAAGGCCUCAUUGGCGGAUGAGGUUGCCGACCACCUCCUGGCUUUUGCUGAAAUCUCGCCGGCCCUGCUGUCCCACGUGAUCAACCUCUCCGACGGGAAUGGGAACACAGCCCUCCAUUACAGCGUCUCCCACUCCAACUUUGACAUUGUCCAGCUUCUACUGGACACUGGAGUGUGUAACGUCAACCAUCAGAACAAAGCUGGCUAUACUGCCCUGAUGUUGGCCGCCUUGGCAUCAGUGGAGCAAGAAGCCGACAUGGCCAUCGUCCAGAGACUUUUCAGCAUGGGCAACGUCAAUGCCAAAGCCAGUCAAGCCGGUCAAACAGCCCUGAUGCUCGCCGUGAGCCACGGGCGGCAGGAGAUGGUGGAGGUCCUCUUGGCGUGUGGGGCGGACACCAACCUCCAAGACGAGGAGGGCUCCACUGCGCUCAUGUGCGCCUGUGAACACGGGAGGGCAGGAACGGUUCGGCUGCUUUUGUCCCAGCCGGCUUGCGACGUCUCCAUCGUGGAUCAUGACGGUAAUGAUGCCGUUUCCAUCGCUCUGGAGGCUGGUCACCGGGACAUAGCUGCUCUGAUCUCCACCCGCCUCACACACUCGCUUGCACUGACCCUGGAUGACAACGGGAAGAGUCCUUGCAGUGACAACAGACCACUUUAAAGCCUGGGCCAGAAAGUGAUUUGAACGACGGAUACUCACAUCAGAAUUUUAUAUUUCACUAUACUUCCUUGGACUCUCAGCAUUAAUGGAUCUCUUUACUAGUCCUUCUCUAUGGAGGACAAAGGAGGCAGCUAUAUUUCUCCUUCCUCCUCUACAACCCCAGAAGCUACACUUUCCACUAAGGCCUUAAGUCCUCAUUGAGGUCCGUCAACAUUACCAAUUCAGACUGGACAGGAAGGCCUCUCCUCCUACUGUUUUGCCACCAAAAACACCUUGUGUCGCAAACUAGAGUUGGUGGGAGAUCAGAGACUUUGGUUAGAACAGCGAAAAGAGUAAGGAUGCAACCCUACAGAACCCAAAAGAACAGCAAUACAUGUUUUAGCAAACUUUAAUUCAAAACUAAGAUGAUGCCCAUGUGAAAUGAAGCAACCAGGUCAAGUAAGCCUUGCAGAAGUAAACAAAGGCACGUCGAACCCUCCUUAGACCUCCUGAAGGCUUCUUCCAAAAUGGAUCCAGGGAUGCUUUUUCCUUCCCCCAUUCUCUACUUUUCUUUCUAUUUCAAUUAUAGUCAAUAGAACUAUGUUUUUUUAAAGGGGGGGGGGCUGGUAAGGCAGGCUAAUUUGCUUCCCUCUUUUCUCAGUUUAGAUGUUCACAAAUGUCAAGGAGAACUCUGGUUAAAAAGAGGUUACACAAAGAAACCAAGCACAAGGGAUCAGGCACGAUGCCGGUUUUUGUAUUUAUAUAUAAAUUGACUCAAUUUAUUAUUUCACAGAAUAAAAAGCUCUAACACUUGAAAUGUUUCUUGUGAAAUUCCAACUUUAAGGAGACAGGGAGACAAGUUUGUCCCUUAGUCCCUCAACUUAGUUGGGGGAAGAGGCCAAGGAGGGUAUAUGAAUGUUCAGUAUUUGGCUUAUCCCCUCCUGCCUUUUUCCCAAGGUGUGAUCCAAGGCAAGCUGCUGCAGGCUCUCCUGGCUUGUGUGUCCUUUCUCAUUCCCACC